AUGGCCGAUAGAGGAGGCUUUCAAUCUGGAUUCGGAGGACGCGGUGGUGGCCGCGGAGGAGCUCGCCCGACUGGUGACCGUCCAGCCGGACGUGGUGGACGCGGAGGCCGCGGAGGACGUGGCGGACGCGGAGGAAGGUAUUUGGUUCCGUUAAAUUAUCAUUAAAACAAUAUUUUUGAAGAGCCGGACGCGGAGGAGAAAAGGAAUCCGAGUGGACUCCAGUCACCAAGCUCGGAAGACUCGUCAAGGAGAAGAAGAUCACCACCCUCGAAGAGAUCUACCUCAACUCCCUCCCAAUCAAGGAGUUCGAGAUAAUCGAUGCUCUCUGCGCCAACCUCAAGGACGAGGUCCUCAAGAUCUCUCCAGUCCAGAAGCAAACCACGUACGUUUUCUGUUCAUUGUUGACUUUUUUAAAAUUUGAUUUUUUCCAGUGCCGGACAACGUACCCGCUUCAAGGCCUUCGUCGCCAUCGGAGACCACAGCGGACACGUCGGACUCGGAGUGAAGUGCUCUAAGGAAGUCGCCACUGCCAUCCGUGGAGCCAUCGUUGCUGCCAAGCUCGCCGUCGUCCCAGUCCGCAGAGGAUAUUGGGGAAAUAAGAUCGGACUCCCCCACACCGUCCCCUGCAAGGUCACCGGAAAAUGCGCCUCCGUCAUGGUCAGGCUUAUCCCAGCUCCCCGUGGUACCGGAAUCGUCUCUGCCCCAGUCCCGAAGAAGCUUCUUCAAAUGGCUGGAAUUGAGGACUGCUACACCGCCGCCAAGGGACAAACCGCUACUCUUGGAAACUUCGCCAAGGCCACCUACGCCGCCCUUCAGAGAACCUACUCCUACCUCACCCCAGAUCUUUGGAAGGAGGAGGCUCUCGAGAAGUCGCCGUACCAGCGCCACCACGAAUUCCUUGCUCGCAAUUAA